AUGAAGCUCUCUGUUUCUCUAGCACUUGUUAUGGCCAUUGCAUCUGCCUAUGCUGCUCCUGUGAUGGAUGCCAAUAUCAUGAAAUCUGAGCGCCAUGGAACAUCGGCAGGGAAGGGAGAUUAUCUCGUCUAUAUUCCUCCUGCGGAAGACGACGAAGAUUACGGAAAGAUUGCACGCCGUGAAACCCCAGCCACCGACGCCGGCGCUAACACUUACUAUGGCUUCUAUGUUCCUGCUGCGGAGGACGAUGAAGAUUACGGAAAUGAUGUACAGAAUGCGUAG